GGCGCGCCCUGGGCCGGGGGCGCCAUGCAGUGCGCGGACCCCGCGGCGGCCGUGAAGGGGCCGGAGGGCGAAGGCAGGGCGGAGCCGGCGGCAGCGGGGAAGAGCGGCGGACGCGGCGCCAAGGGCUGGCAGUACAGUGAUCACAUGGAAAAUAUUUGUGGCUACUUAAUGAAGUACACCAAUCUCGUCACUGGUUGGCAAUAUCGGUUUUUUGUUCUAAACAAUGAUGCUGGCCUGCUGGAGUACUUCGUGAAUGAGCAGUCUAGAUACCUGAAGCCCAGGGGCACGUUGCAGCUAGCAGGAGCUGUAAUUUCACCCAGUGAUGAAGACUCACACACCUUUACAGUCAAUGCUGCCAGCGGGGAGCAGUAUAAACUAAGAGCUACUGAUGCUAAAGAACGACAGCACUGGGUUAGCAGGCUGCAGAUAUGCACACAGCAUCACACAGAAGCUAUUGGAAAGAACAACCCUCCUCUGAAAUCUCGCAGCUUCUCUCUCGCAUCCCAAGGAAGCAUCAACUCUCCAGGGCUGCAAAGAAGACCUAGCCAAAAUGCAGUUUCCUUUUUCAACGUUGGGCAUCACAGAUUGCCCACUGGAAAAAGAGGUCCUAUUCUGCAGCCAGAUCACCUCGUAGAUGUCCGAGAGAUGAUGUCGCAGGCUGAGGGACAGCAGAGAGACUUGAUCAGGAGCAUAGAAUGCCUUCCUGUCUCUGGUCACCUUACAUCCCUGGAUCAAGACCUAUUAAUGCUCAAAGCAACUUCCAUGGCAACCAUGAACUGCUUAAAUGACUGUUUCCAUAUUCUCCAGUUACAACACGCUUCACAACAAAAGGGAUCCUUACCAGCAGGAACAACGAUCAGUUGGUUGGAACCAAAGAUAUCUCUGUCAAACCACUUCAAAAAUGGGGCAGCUCAGAAUUUCCCAGCAGAGAUAAACAAGCCAGCAUCUGUCAGAGAGGAGCAGUCCAUUGUGGAGCCCUGCCAGCUAACAAGGGAACCUGAAGAAAUAAAUCCAGAUGAGGAGCUGGAGGACCUCUGUGAUGAUAAAGAAGAUGAUCUAGGAGGAGUGGAGGAACAGCGCAGUGUUAUCUUGCAUCUCUUGUCUCAGCUGAAACUUGGCAUGGACUUAACAAGAGUGGUUCUUCCCACUUUUAUUUUAGAGAAGCGAUCGUUGUUGGAGAUGUAUGCAGACUUCAUGUCCCAUCCUGAUCUCUUCAUUGCGAUCACGAAUGGCAGCACCCCUGAGGAGAGGAUGAUCCGCUUUGUGGAGUAUUAUCUCACUUCUUUUCAUGAAGGUCGCAAAGGAGCUAUUGCAAAGAAACCAUACAAUCCCAUCAUUGGGGAAACGUUUCACUGCUCCUGGAGGAUGCCAAAGAGUGAAGUAGCCACUGACGGUGGCAGUAACAUCUCUGCUCACUCCACCUCUGAGCAAAUAACUUUGUCUAAAGAUCUGGAAGGCCAAGCCGAGUCGGACUACUACACAGUAAAGUUUGUAGCUGAGCAAGUGUCCCACCACCCUCCUGUGUCAGGAUUUUAUGCUGAAUGUGUGGAGAGAAAGAUGUGCGUCAAUGCUCAUGUCUGGACAAAGAGUAAAUUCUUGGGAAUGUCGAUAGGGGUGACAAUGGUUGGUGAAGGUCUUCUAAGCCUCUUGGAACAUGAGGAAGAAUAUACGUUCUCUCUGCCCUGUGCAUAUGCUCGAUCAAUUUUGACUGUUCCCUGGGUAGAACUGGGAGGAAAAGUCAACAUAAACUGUGCAAAGACAGGAUAUUCUGCAAGUAUUAACUUCCACACCAAGCCCUUCUACGGUGGGAAAUUGCAUCGAGUCACAGGAGAAGUGAAGCAGAACACGACCAACACAGUGGUGUGCAGGGUGCAAGGGGAGUGGAACAGCGUGCUUGAAUUCACCUACAGCAACGGGGAGACAAAAUAUGUGGACUUGACAAAAUUGUCGGUGACACGAAAACGAGUCCGGCCCAUUGAGAAGCAAGGACCAUUUGAAUCUAGGAGGCUGUGGCAACAUGUAACGGAGUCUCUGCGGGAUGGAGACAUCGAUAAAGCUACAGAGCACAAGCGGGCCCUUGAGGAACGACAGAGGAAUGAAGAAAGGCUUCGUGCUGAAACAGAAACUCCUUGGUGUACUAAAUACUUCAUUAAAGAAGGAGAUGGCUGGGUUUAUCAUAAACCUCUUUGGAGAGCAGUCUCUGCUGUGCAAACUCAGCAAAUGGACGCUAACUAGAAAAGCUGCUUUAAAGAUGAGUUUCCUGUUUCUGAUAUUCUUUUUCUGUCUCUCAAAAUGCAGUAAUCACAUUGAGUGUCCCCUUUUUAUAUAGUAGCGAAAGCUUAAAUGAGCAUAAGGAAAUAAACUAGGGCACUUUAAAGCUAUCCAGAACAAGGUCGUAGAGACAAACUUGCCAGGUACACAUUCAACCAACUUGUUUUUUUUUAUGAUCCAGAAGAUUUUAUCUGACUUGUGUAAGAGUCUUCUAAGUAGGUCUGUCUGAUUGCAAAAGCUGCCUAAGAGAAGGAGAAACUGGUGUUCAGAGACAUGGGAACUUCUUUCUACAUCAAGCUCUAUUUAAUGAUUGAAGUAUGCUCGGUACCCAUGUAGACAGCAGCAACAAAAAAUUGCUGCUUUUAUGCCCAACAUUAGACCUUCGUUGGCAAAAACAAACUGGAGAGGUGCUUGGAAGAUGUGCCUGAAAUCAGUGUUAAGAACCAACUGGAUCAUGGGAACUCCUUUCUUCAGAGAGAACGCGUGCAUGCAUCGGAGGAAUAUGGAAUAUAUGUAGAGACUACCUUUCUUUUUUAUGGAUUUAUAAAAGCAAUUAGAAUCGUAACCAUGGAGAAAUUUUUCCUCUGAAACAUUUUAAUAUACUUGAAAUAUUUGACUUGAAUUGAAAAAGUAAUUUGAACACUUUUCAACUCCUAAUUUUAUUAAAUCUUUGAGUAACCUUUUUUUUUUCCUCCUGUUGUAAUGUAAUGAGGUUUGGCCUUUUCUCUUCCACCUUCCCUUCCAAGGACUGAGGCUUUCAAACAGAACAGAAAAUACAGUUUUGUAUUUAAACUUCUCUACCCAUCUGAUCAUCGCAGAGGUGAAGUAUCAGUGUUACAAACUGUCCUUUGGAUUGUUUUGGUUUUUCUCCUGUGGUGUUAUUCAGAACAAAGCAGUGAAAUGUGACCUGUGAAUACAUGGACUGUAGGUUUUGGUUUUUCAUCUUAGAUAUUAUUAAAAAAAAGCUGACAAUGCUUAAGACUGGGUAUUGAAUUGAAACACAAUCUGGUAUCAGGAAACUGUAUUCAGGUACAAACAUCCUUUGUUUUUUAUACCUAUUUUAUUGAAGUUAAAGAAUUGCUGGCAAUUAAGAUUAGUACUUAUGGCUUUCGUUAUUGUUGUAACUACAAGCUACCUUAAUUUUUUCCAACGGUGGUGCCUUACUCUGUUUUUUCUUCUGAUGUAGUCUUCCAGUCAGUGUAUAUAACAUUAUCUGCCACCUCCCAGCCAUGGCAAUGGCUGCACCUGAUCCAUCCUCAUGAGAACUCACAGUUUUGCGAUCUGGUAAGGUGUUUUCUGUGGAGAAGAUACAAAUGUAAGAGUGCAUCAGAAGGUUUAAAUCAUCAUGUUAACUUUCAACACAAAGUGUAAAUUGUGCAAAAAAGUUGGAUUUAUGCACAACUGUCUUGAUUUUUCUUGUUGUUGGUUUGUUUUUUGUUUUUUUUUUUUGCUGUGAAAUGCACUGAGAUCUCAAUGCGAGUUGUAGUCCCUUUGUGAGAAUUGGGGGUGGGGAUAAUAAAACUACAAAAUGAUUUGUUCUGUUUGCUUUACCUAGAGAUCAGGUGGCCAGGAAGAGUAGAUUAUUGUCUUUUAUACUGGAGAUCUGUCUGUCUGGGCUUUCUCUGGCCAUUAUAACAGGAUUUUUUGGCACUGUGCACUUCAGUGGUAACUGUAUUCUCCAGCAGAAGAAUGUGUUUGGGACCCUGCUGUCUUGUUUGUGAUAUUCUAUACAAUUACCCUGUCUUCAUUUUUGGAUACCUACUGGGCAUUUUCAUGUUCAACCAGGAAUAAAAAUAUAUAUGAAAGCAGUGGGUCUAGCUUUUUCUUGUCUCUGGGUCUGCAGCCCAUCUGCGCUGUGCUCCUCGGGCAGUUGGAGUAUUUGGGGUAGGAAUUACGGUGGCAGUGUAUUAGCUUCCUCAGCUCAGGAGUUCUUUGGUACCUGCACCAAGCUGGGGGUGGUAGAGGGAAAGAAAAUAAAUUGACAACACUCCAUGUUUCCUGGUUGUUUUCUCUCUGUCAUAUGGCAGAUACCCUUUAAAUAAACAGCAAGGGUGGUGCCAGUUCCAGCUGGUUCCUGCUGUGAUCACUGCUACAUGAACUAGACUCACUUCCCUGGACUACACUCAGCUGAUAAACUUGUCUGUAUUAGAAUACAGACCUAUGACUCAGCUGCUGAGCUCUGCUUGAAACUUUGACUUGGGAGUUUGUCAAAGUGAUGGCUGAAAAGCUCCCAUGUUCACCCUAAACCAAUUUGUGUUCUUUGUAUAAUAUCAGCCAAGUUAUUUCUCUUCCACCAUCAUCUGCGGUUUCAUGCUGAGAAAGCUGUUACUAAUUUUGUCAUGUAAAAAUAGACCAACCCUGAAGUAGUCUUAAAAUACUAGACGAUUCCUUUUAACGUGGGGAUGCUGCUAGGAAAAUAAAGUCUUCCUUUGCUCAGAUGAUCACAAGAACUGGAAUGACUUUGUGAUGUAGAUUUAAUAAUGAUGCAAUUUUCUAGUUUAUUUGGGAAACGAAGGAUGGAAUUGAAAAAUAGCUUAAAAUUCUAGCCACUGAAUAUCCAACUCAAAUUUUGACAUUUGUGUGAUUUUUUAUUUUUUUUUUUUUCUAAGAGCUGCAAGUACUCAGCAGACUAAUGUGUAUUUUUAACACUGACCAGAUUUGGUUCUCUUGCAUAACUGCUGUUGUUUCCAUCUUGUACCUUCUGGAGUGGAGGAAAAAGAGAUCACUGCUGCUUCCUGUGUAGAUACUUCAUAGAACCACAGUAAGUUAAAUGAGGAGCAUGGCAAAACAUAGGGUUUAGCCUUGUGUUCCUUUCUUUAUGGCUUGAUUCAGCUCCAGAGAAGUUGAGCAAAGUUCUUGCUUGUCCUUGGUAAUUUUAGGGCUCUCUGAGACAUAAGCAGAACUUAGAGCCCUCUUUGGGGGGUACUUGGUUCCCUGCUGCUCAUGGAAAACAGAGCGUGAUGUGUUGCUUCUAUUUAAUGUGUGCAUUCAACUGUAUGAUCCGGAAUGUGUGACUAUUGACUUGGUUUUCAUGGGGAAAAGAUGAAUACAUAAAUUGGAGUCUGGAGUUUAUUUUCAAAAAAGCUUCUCAGUCUGUUCCCCUCUCUAUGCCUGAAAGCAUUCUUUUGAGAAGAAUAUCUGCAGUGGAAACUGUCAAGUCUAGAGGAAGGCCUGCUUCUCUAGGAUUUUCAUUUCAGCCUUCAGAAGCGGAGGAGCAGCCUUCAACUUCCAGUUUGCACAGGUUGAUUCCCCUCUGCCUCAGUCACCUCUGGAAGGCCAGACAGAGACUUAUAAAGCCUCUCAAACUGAAUUGGGAAGUAGUAGUAAAUAUAUACAUCAUUGCUAUGUCCAAACAACUCAAUGCAAGUAUAGUGAGGAAACUUUGCACUGAAUGGUAAAGGAAAGAAGGGUUUGACAGCUUAGGGGGAGAUUGGUGUGAGAAAAGCUGCCUAGUGCCCCCUGUUCCUUCUGGGCAUACAGAGAACAGUCAUUAACGUGUUAAAUGAGACUGACGUUAGGUGUGUGUGGAAAAGAGUAUUAUUAUAGCAAACUGGAGGUGUGCUUUGAGGGAAAGGGCUCACUUGAGCGCUGUAAAGUGAUAGGAAGGAGCAGCCAGGUGUGCUGUGCUGGCAAGCAAAGUAUUCCUCUUUUACACUAUCCUGAAAGAACCUCUGUGUAGGUGCACAUCAGGUAUGGGCUUGUAGGACUUCUUGGUAGCAGCGAGAGGGUUUACUACCUCUUGCUUACAAGAGUGGAAGGAUUAAGAUUUGCACAAUGCUGUGGUUCGGUGUGGUGUGACUUACCUUUCUCAUUCAGUUAAUUGCCUUUCUACCGCAGAGGCUGCUUGGCUCGGUCUGGGAGUUAUGGGGAGUAAAGGUCCUUGCUCUGUCUGAUUGUGUUUCUUCAAGUUGAGUAAUGCUGUGGAGGAGGGGAAGUAACCGCAGGAAGAAUUGGCCAACGUGCUUAUGUUGGCAGUGUUGGUGUGGUAAGAUCUGGUUGGGGGUGGCUGGGAACUGGACUGGUGGCAGGGAUGUGGGAGGUGUGGUAGGGAGUUUGCCAAUGCUGAGUGGAGAUCUCUUAGAGCAGCAGGAAGUCUCAGGAACAGCAGUGCCUGUAUUGGUCUCUUGGCUUUGGAUUUUUUUUUUUUUUAACUGUUGAAGGAAUUUCACCUGAGUAACUUCCAUGCUCUUUGUUCCACUGCAACCUGUAACAUCUCAUCUUUUUUGGGGUUUCUUUGUGUGUGUGCGUACGUGUGUGAGAGGGCCGUUCACAAAGUGUGUGAGCUGUGCAGAGUGAGCAGUUAGAAGAGAAACUCCUGAUGACAGCCUGGAAGGAUUUCCAAAGAUGGAUAUGAAGUUCACGUGCUUAUUAAUAAAAGAUUAAAUGUUGUUAUUUUAAAAAAUAAUAAAAGAAAUGCUUUACACCAUUAUAUGCUUAAAGUAAGUACAAAAUCAGUUCAUGUAUAGUGUUGCACAAAAAAAAAAAAGUAUUGAUUCCACAGUUCAGCCCAUCGCUGGGAGG